AUGCCUAUUCUUUAUCCAUCUAAAAAAUACCCUAGCAGCAGCCAUCGUCGUAGGCCUCCGCCGCCAGCCAAGAACGGAGCGCCGGCCGCCAGCUCCCUGCUCUCCGCCUCCCUGGAACGUCGGAUCUUGCCACCAUUCCAAACUCGUCGGCUCUCCCCACCCCCAAGGUCACAUCUCUCCCAUGGCUCCCCUCCAACCCUGAGUUCCUCGCAUAGGGCACGGACUGAAACCGGCGUGUGGAUCCAAGGCAUGCCGCCCCUCCUCCGACUAGCCAACCAUGGUGGCGUGGUUCCUCAUGCGGUCCUCCUCCGACCAGCCAAUCAUAGCGGCGUUGUUCGUCUGACUUGCGCAGGGGCUCUUCUCUCCCAUCGGUCGGCGCCUCGACUUCGAAUCCUACAGCCGGCACCUCGACUUCAGCUUGCACAGACCAGCAUCCUUUGUUGCCAGAUCUUAACCACACCGAGUUCCUCUGGUCGUCGUCGUGAACCUCCAAGCAGAUAA